AAAACACAAAACUUGGAAGAGGAUUUAACUAUAAUCGCAGCUCUUAAAUUAAUUACUUCAAAUAAGUUAUUUAAUUAGUCAAUUGAUACGUACGUGAAAAACACUUGAAUCUACACCACAAUCUACACGUUUUGGUUUGAUGUAAACGUACUUGUUUGGCGGACAAGUAACAACAGCCAAAAAAUUUUGAUUUUCAGCAAAAAUUUAUCUCCUGCAUUAUUCUUAUCUUAUCGUAAAUAUUUUGCCAAUUUUCCAGUUAGCUUUGCACAUUAUUUUAGAUAUCUCAAAUUAAUUCCCUUAAUAUUGUUUUAUACUUAACAAACUAAUAGGUAUAAAUCCGUUGUGUUUACAGCUCGAGUUAUUUUUAUCUUAGGUAUUUCCCCUUAUGAAUCAGUUAUGGGUGCGUCAAACUCGCAAAACUUUAUUUCUCAAAGUGAACUAUCAGAGGACGAGUCUGACUCGGAAUAUUUUCAAGUUGAAAUGAGAACUACCGCUACUUUUAUGAUUGAUGCGGUUUUGCGAAGCCAUAGAAACUCGGGACCCGGUAAAACUUUAUCACCAAAUAGAGUUCGUGGUAUUGAACAGAAACUGGACCAGUAUGAAAUAGUAGCAUUAACAUAUCUGUUGUACGACAGGGCUGAAAUAGCUUUACAAACCCUUAUUCCUUUCUUAUGCCACACCAAAGAUAACGUUUUAACUGAAUGGGUCAAUUCUGAAAGCCGCAACAACCCUAAAUGGCAGAGUAAAUUUAUCGAGGCAAUGUGCAUAAUACAAAACUACCAGAUCCUUAAAGAAUUCGGUUAUAAUAAGGAAGAAUUGAAGGCACAGUAUGUACCAGAGCAACCUGAAGUGUCAGAACUGGUAAACAAAAAAAGGAAAUCCCUGUAUUUAUUGGCAGAAAAACUGAAUACAAGGGAAACGGAAAUAUUUCUGUACAAUAUGAGAAAGGCUUUUGAAGAAAACCAUGAGGUGUUUCAGGAUUACGAUUUUGAUUAUUUAGAAUUGUAUUUUUUGGACUGGGAACAAAGAACAAUUGGUAGUAAUUAUAUUAAGAGGUCUUUGAAGAUUAUGGAUAAGGAACAUUUGUAUGAAAUCUCAGAAAAUCUUUCACGUUGUGAGAUAAAUGAUAUUCCUGAAAACAAUGACAUUGAAAUAGAAACUCAGAAAAAAGUGGUGAAGAAAGCUUCAACAACAAGAGACACCACAUUUAUGUCUCCAAACGAGAAUGUAUAUUCGCUAGAACCUGCUUCUAGCUCUUCUAUGAUGUCUGUUGAUAUAAGACACACUGAUCAAUACGUAAUUGAUCCUGAGUACCCAGGUGUAGUUCUGAUCAUUAAUCAAGAACAUUUUUAUACGGAAUUUAAUCCCGAAUACAAGCAUUUGCUGCAUCGACAGCAAGGUGUUAAACUUCAAACCAGAGUCGGUACGGAAAUCGAUAAGAAACGUAUCGUGGAAGUCUUUGAAAAAUUCAAUUUUAAAAUCAUUAUCAAAGACAACCUGGCACAUUAUGACGUGGUCAAGGCCAUCGAGGAAGUGACAAUUAACGUCACUAAAGAAUCCAGUUUGGUAGUUUUUAUUCUUUCUCACGGCGACAAAGGCGUGAUAUACGGAGCGAACAGUUGCAGGGUGGAGGUGGACAAAAUAGGCCGCAUUAUGAAGAAGAAGAACUGCCAUUUAGCUGGAAGGCCGAAAGUGCUGAUUUUGCAGUCUUGUCAAGGAUCGCAUUGUCAACAAAGAGAUGAAAGUUCCGACGAUGAAAUGGAAUAUGCCACGGAUGGUCCCAAAAUAGUACCGUCGAGUGCGGCAGAUUUUCUUACAUUCUGGGCCACCAUUCCUGGUUAUGCCGCUAUUAGGAACAUAAAUCAAGGAUCCUGGUUGAUACAGACCCUGUGCCAGGAAAUCGAGAACAAUGCAUCAAGGUGUCACUUGAUGGACAUUUGCACCAAAGUACAGGACAGGAUUUCCUCCAAAGAAUGGAAAGAAAUCACUAAAGUCAACAUAAUGACACCGGAAAUCCGGAGCACCUUGAGGAAAGCGUUCUACCUUCCUCGCAUGAGAAGUGCCCGCUAGGUGGCGCAUUCAGGUACGCUUUUUUACAAUCCCGUGACAAUAUAAAGCACUGCAAUUGAAUUCUUUAUAGUACGAGAGCUAGCAACGUCGGAAAAACAAGUAUUUUAAGACGUCUGGCUCUUUGAUAUAUCUUUUACUAGGCUCUCUAGAACAGCAUGCGGCCCGCCUGACUGCCGGUAAACGUUGC